AGUCCUACAAUGCUGUAUUUUUUUGUUGCCUUCGCAAGUGUACUUGCACUUUUAUAUUUUUAUUUUACAAGGACUUUCAACUACUGGAAGGAUAGAAAUAUACCUGGACCUAAACCGAUGCCGUUUUUUGGCAAUAUUAAGGAUUCUUUUCUGAGGCGUAAGUAUCCUGCCGUAGUUUUCAAAAAUGUUUACGAGGCAUAUCCCAAUGAAAAAGUUGUUGGAGUUUACAGAAUGACCACACCGUGUCUACUGCUGCGUGACUUAGACGUUAUUAAGCACGUUAUGAUUAAAGACUUUGAUCUGUUCGUCGACAGAGGAGUGGAAUUCAGUAAAGAAGGACUAGGCGUUAACCUAUUUCAUGCUGAUGGCGAUACAUGGAAAGUGCUGAGGAACAGAUUUACACCAGUUUUUACUUCUGGUAAACUGAGAAACAUGUUGUAUCUCAUGACUGAACGAGGUGAACACUUUGUUGAGUAUGUUGACAACCUUCGUGCAAAACAACCGGAACAACCUAUACAUGUCCUCGUCCAGAAGUUCACGAUGGCUACAAUUUCAGCAUGUGCCUUUGGUAUGGACUUAGAUGAAGAUAUGUACCAUAUAUUGGAUAAAAUAGACAAAAUGAUUUUUACUCAAAGUCAUACCAGGGAAUUGGACAUGAUGUUCCCUGGCAUAUUGAAAAAGUUUAAUGGUUCAUUAUUUCCCAAGUACGUAACCACGUUCUUCGAUAACCUCGCACAAACUGUUGUGAAACAAAGAGGUGGACUUCCGACAAACAGAAAGGACUUUAUGGAUUUAAUAUUGGCGUUGAGACAACAAAAAACAAUUGAAGGAGCGAAGAAACUGGACAGUGAAAAGCUGCGGAUAGUUGAACUGACUGAUAGCGUGAUUGCGGCACAGGCUUUCAUAUUCUAUGCAGCCGGAUACGAGACAAGUGCCUCCACCAUGACUUACUUAUUUUAUGAACUAGCGAAACAUCCUGAGAUACAAGAUAAAGUCAUUGCGGAAAUUGACGAAGUUCUUAAACGGCACAACGGCGAAAUAAACUAUGACUGCUUAAAUGAAAUGACUUAUUUGCAACAAGUAUUUGAUGAAACAUUACGGAAAUAUCCAAUAGUAGAUCCUUUGCAACGCAACGCUCAAACGGACUACAUAAUCCCAGGUACUAAUAUUACAAUCAAGAAAGGACAAACUGUACUCGUCAAUGUUUCGGGUAUCCAUAACGAUCCUAAAUACUACCCCAACCCAGAGAAGUUUGAUCCUGAGCGGUUUAGUCCUGAAAAUGAGAAAGACAGGCAUUCGUGUGCUUAUUUACCGUUUGGAACUGGACCCAGGAACUGCAUAGGCAUGCGGUUUGCCAAGGUGCAGUCCCGAGUGUGUGUAGCCAAGUUCCUGUCCAAGUUCCGUGUAGAGCCUUCGAAAAACACACCAACGGUGUUGGAAUACGAUCCCAUGCGUAUUGUUCUGAUUCCCAAGGGAGGAAUUCACCUUAAUAUUUUACGUCGAUAAUUUUUUUUACAAUUUUUGGAACGUCAACAUUGCCUUUAACAGGUCGAAUUUAUACGUUCUUUGUAUUUUUAUUUUUGAACCAUAGACGAACCAUUUUUUAAGAUUAUA